UGGUUGGUCUCAUUGCGUCUUCUCUUUUCCCUUUUCCCUCAAAAGUCUAUUCGAAUUAGCAUAUCUUUAAAUGAGAUUGCCAUACAUAAGCAUAAGAUACCACAAGUCUUGGAAGCAAAGAGCAUCUGACGACGUUUGCCUGUUGUCAUAUUUUUUUCGUCACAUUAUCUCAUUAUCUAAGCUUUCUCUUAUACUUUCCGCUCACAAUGGCUGAGACAAGACUUGCCUCCCUUGAUGACUCAAUGGCGAGCCGGCUACCAGUGCACUCGCAGACCCUCUUCGACGCCAAGACUGCCAAGAAGCUCACCUUUGAGGCCAUCGCCUCCAAGCUCGGCAGGAGCGAGGUGGCCGUGGCGGGCAUGUUUUACGGACAGGUGCAGGCGUCGGGUGAGGACGUCGAGGCUCUCUCAGAGCUCCUAGGCGUGCCCAAGGAGUCGCUAUCCAAGAUGACUAACUUUCCGGACCGGGGUCGUUCGGGCCCCAUGCCGCCGGUCGAGCCGCUCAUCUACCGGCUGUAUGAGGUUGUGCAAAAUUAUGGCUACUCGUUCAAGGCGGUCAUGAAUGAGAAGUUUGGUGACGGCAUCAUGAGCGCCAUCUGCUUUCAGACAAAUGUCGAAAAGGAGGUGGACGAGCAGGGUGCGACUUGGGCGGUCAUCACCCUCAGGGGGAAAUGGCUCCCCUUUACUCGCUUCUGAUUCUGACCGUUUUCUGGUUGGAGCAAAAUCCGGAGUAUUCUAGUGUGGUUGCCGUUCAUGAUCUCAUCGUGGGACAGAAGCACAAUACCAAGCCAGCCCCUUACAAGCUUGGACAUAGAACAUGCCUGUUGCGUCGGAGACCGGUCUGCUGUUACUAUCAACCAUUAUGUGCCGGGUUUGUCAACUUGUCAAAUUGAAGCACUUUCGACCUUUCUAGAAUAGAUUUUUUUUCUGAAUUCGUCUUGCCUCUUGCUCAACUUUAGUACGUUUUCGUGGCUUUUCAGUCGUAGAGGAAUGGCUCUGGGUGGCGUGGAACAAUACCAAG